UGGCAGCUGUCCUCCAGGGGCCAACAUUGAGGAUUACAAUGACAGUCAAUCAGUGGAUCUGGUCCAAUAUAAACUAGACUAAGACCAUUUAAAAUCAGUUGCUAUCAACAAGUCAAAUGAACUUUAUUUAUGUGGAAAUAACACUUCAAGAUAUCAAUGACAACCCACCAGUAUUCCCAACAGACAUGCUUGAUCUAACAGUAGAAGAGAAUAUAGGGGAUGGAUCUAAAAUAAUGCAGCUGACAGCCAUGGAUGCUGAUGAGGGAGCUAAUGCUCUUGUCACUUACACUAUCAUCAGUGGUGCUGAUGACAGCUUCCACAUUGACCCUGAAUCAGGAGAUCUGAUAGCCACCAAACGUUUGGAUAGGGAACGUCGCUCCAAGUAUUCCCUGCUGGUUCGUGCUGAUGAUGGUCUGCAGUCCUCAGACAUGAGAAUAAACAUUACUGUUAGUGAUGUUAAUGAUCACAUACCCAAAUUCUCCAAACCAGUGUAUUCAUUUGAUGUACCAGAAGAUACUACUCCAGGUUCUUUGGUAGCAGCCAUUUUAGCUACUGAUGAUGACUCUGGCAUCAAUGGAGAAAUCACAUACACUGUAAGUGAAGAUGAUGAAGAUGGCAUGUUCUUCUUGAAUCCAGUCACCGGAGUCUUUAACCUCACUCGUAUCUUGGACUAUGAAGUGCAGCAAUAUUACAUUCUUACUGUCCGUGCAGAAGAUGGAGGUGGUCAGUUCACUACCGUCAGAGUUUACGUCAACAUACUGGAUGUAAAUGAUAAUCCGCCUCUAUUCAGCAUGCCCUCAUACAGCACGUCCUUGAUGGAAAAUCUGCCUCCUGGAUCUACUAUUCUCAACUUUAAUGUGACUGAUGCAGAUUAUGGCGCUAACUCACAGUUGUCAUACAGCAUUACAUCAGGAGAUAGCUUAGGUCAAUUUAAUAUUGACAAGAAUGGAGUUCUGAGCAUCAAGCAGCCUUUGGAUCGGGAGAGUCAGUCCUUCUAUAGCCUUGUUGUUCAGGUUCAUGACAUGGCUACUCUACCAGCCUUCAGAUAUACAAGCACAACGCAAGUGUCCAUUAUUUUACUGGAUGUGAAUGACAAUCCUCCAAGCUUUAUCUCUCCAAAGCUGACGUACAUCCCAGAAAACACACCCAUAGACACGAUUGUGUUUAAAGCUCAAGCAACUGACCCAGACAGUGGACCUAACAGCUAUAUUGAAUAUACUCUGCUGAGGCCUUUGGGAAAUAAAUUUAGUAUUGGCACUAUUGAUGGUGAAGUAAGGCUCACUGGGGAACUUGACAGAGAAACAGUUGCUAAUUAUACCUUAACUGUGGUAGCUACAGACAAAGGUCAACCAUCCCUUUCUUCAUCUACAGAUGUCAUUGUAGUAGUCCUUGAUAUCAAUGAUAACAGCCCCCUCUUCGCACAAAAGCUAUAUAAAGUAGAGGUAGGUGAAAAUACUCUGACAGGAACAGAUCUGAUUCAGGUGUUUGCUACAGAUGGAGAUGAAGGCACAAAUGGGCAGGUUCGCUAUUCUAUAAUCGGUGGGAACAGCAACAAUGAGUUUCGAAUAGACUCUGUUACUGGGGUGGUAACAGUAGCCAAACCUUUGGAUCGAGAGAAAAAGCCCUCCUACUCACUAACUGUUCAGUCAUCUGAUCGUGGAAGUAGUUCCAGAACAGACACCACCACAGUCAAUAUUGUUCUGAUGGAUGUCAAUGAUUUUAUUCCGAUAUUUGAGCUUUCUCCAUAUUCUGUCAAUGUCCCUGAGAAUUUAGGGACACUUCCAAAAGUUAUUCUUCAGGUUGUAGCAAGGGAUGAUGAUCAAGGUCUAAACGGCAAACUUACAUACCUUCUUGUUGGUGGAAAUGAAGACAGUGCCUUUACUCUCUCAGCCAGUGGAGAGCUCCACUUGGUACAAAGCCUGGAUCGAGAGACUAAGGAGCAAUACAUCUUGCUGAUCACAGCUGCUGAUUCUGGAUUGCCUGCCCUUACUGGCACUGGAACUAUUGCUGUCAUAGUGGAUGAUGUCAAUGACAAUGUUCCGACAUUUGCCUUUAAGAUGUAUUCUACCACCAUUCCUGAGGAUGCACCUACAGGGACGGAUAUUUUGCUAGUAAACUCUUCAGAUACAGAUGCUUCAGUUAAUGCAGUUAUCAGCUAUAGUCUUAUUGGUGGUAAUUCACAAUUCACAAUCAAUCCAUCAACUGGACAGAUCAUCACCAGUGCAUUAUUAGAUAGAGAGACUAAGGAGAACUACACCUUAGUGGUUGUGGCCAGCGAUGGUGGCUUUCCCAAAGCGCUUUCCAGUUCCACCAGUGUACUUGUCACUGUUAUUGAUGUGAAUGACAAUCCUCCCAAAUUUCAACACCACCCUUACGUCACACAUAUUCCAUCACCUACAACUUCAGGUUCGUUUGUGUUUGCUGUGACAGUCACAGAUGCUGAUUCUGGAUCCAAUGCUGAGCUUCAUUAUUCCCUCAUGGGAAAGAACUCUGAAAAAUUCCACAUUGACCCAAUGCGAGGGGCAAUUAUGGCUGCUGACCCACUGACAGGGGCUUCUGAAGUGACUUUUUCCGUUCAUGUAAAAGAUGGUGGCUUGUAUCCAAAAACAGACUCUACAACUGUAACUGUAAGAUUUGCCAACAAAGCAGAUUUCCCUCAAGUUCAAGCUGAGCAACGGACUUUCAUAUUUCCUGAAAAUCAAGCGAUUGGUACCCUAGUCACCACAGUUUCUGGAUCUUCGUCCAGGGGUGGGUCCUUAUCAUACUACAUUGCUAGUGGUAACCUUGGCAAUACCUUCCAAAUUGACCAACUAACAGGACAGUUCUCCAUGAGCCAACCUUUGGAUUUUGAAGUUAUACAGAAAUAUGUGGUUUGGAUUGAGGCCAGAGAUAUGGGCUUUCCUCCUUUUUCCUCUUAUGAGAAAUUAGAAGUAACAGUGGUAGAUGUCAAUGAUAAUGCACCAGAGUUUGAGCGAGAUCCAUUCAUUGCUGAAAUAAUGGAGAACCUUUCACCGCGUAAAAUUCUGACUCUCACUGCUGUGGACAAGGACAGUGGCUCAAAUGGACAGUUGAACUAUGAAAUAGUUGAUGGCAAUAAAGAAAAUAGUUUCAGUAUUAGUCGAUCCACAGGUGAAAUUAGAAGCGUCAGACCCUUGGACAGAGAAAAAUUGGCUCGCUACACACUAACCAUCAAAGCUUCAGACAGAGGUACCCCUCUUCAGAGCACCACAGUAAAAGUUAUUGUUAAUAUUUUAGAUGAAAAUGAUAAUGCUCCCAGGUUUUCUCAGAUAUUCAGUGCUCCAGUGCCUGAAAAUGCACCUUUGGGUUACACAGUUACACGAGUCACAACUUCAGAUGAAGAUAUUGGUUUGAAUGCAAUCAGCAGGUACUUUAUAAGGGAUACAAGUCUUCCAUUUAUCAUCAACCCCAGUACCGGGGACAUUACAAUCAGUCGGCACCUCAACAGGGAAGAUACAGACCGCUAUAGAAUCAGAGUUUCUGCACGUGAUUCUGGGUGGACUGUAAGCACAGAUGUGACUAUAUUUGUGACCGACAUCAAUGAUAAUGCCCCACGAUUCACAAAAACAUCCUAUUACUUAGAUUGUCCCGAGCUUGCUGAAGUUGGAUUAAAAGUCACACAGGUUUCAGCAAUAGAUCCUGAUGAAGGCUCUAAUGGCCAAGUUUUCUACUUCAUAAAAUCCCAGUCUGAGUACUUCCGAAUUAAUGCUACCACUGGGGAGAUUUUCAAUAAGCAAUAUUUAAGGUAUCAAAACUCCAGUGGUUCCAGCAACAUGAAUAUCAAUAGGCACAGCUUCAUAGUUACUUCUUCAGACCGAGGCAGUCCUUCUUUGCUGAGUGAGACGACAGUCACAAUCAACAUAGUGGAUAGCAAUGACAAUGCACCACAGUUUCUUGCCAGUAAAUAUUUUACCCCUGUGACUAAAAAUGUAGGUGUUGGCACUAAAUUAAUUAAAGUUACAGCAGUUGAUGAUAAGGACUUUGGAUUGAAUUCUGAAGUUGAAUACUUCAUUUCUAAUGAAAACAAUGCUGAUAAAUUCAAGCUGGAGAGAACUACAGGCUGGAUUUCUGUAGCGUCUUCACUCAUGACUGAUUUGAACCAAAACUUUCUGCUUACAGUAAAAGCAAAGGAUAAAGGUAACCCCCCACUCUCAUCGGAGGUUAUUGUUCAAAUAGUUGUCACAGAGGAAAACUACCAUACACCUGAGUUCUCACAAAGCCAUAUAAGUGUUACUAUCCCUGAGAGUCAUGUGGUUGGAGCAGUUGUUAGAACUGUUUCAGCUCGGGACAGAGAUGCUGCUAUGAAUGGACUAAUCACAUAUAAUAUUUUUUCAGGAAAUGAGGCUGGUGUCUUUGCUAUUAAUACAUCUACAGGAGCAUUAACUCUAGCCAAACUCCUUGAUUAUGAGGUAUGCCAAAAUCAUGAGAUGAUUGUUAGUGCUACAGAUGGAGGAUGGGUAGCUAGAACAGGUUACUGCAGUGUCACAGUUAAUGUUAUUGAUGUGAAUGAUAAUUCUCCAGUAUUCAGCCCAGAAGACUAUUUUCCUAAUGUAUUAGAAAAUGCCCCGAGUGGGACAACUGUUAUCCGUCUAAAUGCAACUGAUGCCGAUUCUGGACCUAAUGCUGUGAUUGCAUAUGCAGUUCAGUCCUCAGAUAGUGACCUUUUUGUCAUUGAUCCCAACACAGGAAUUAUCACCACCCAAGGGUUUUUAGACUAUGAAACAAAACAAAGUUAUCAUCUAACUGUGAAAGCUUUUAAUGUUCCAGAUGAAGAGCGAUGCAGUUUUGCUAGUGUCAACAUCCAGUUAGAAGGAACAAAUGAGUAUGUGCCACGUUUUGUGUCUAAGCUUUACUAUUUUGAGGUCUCUGAAGCAGCGUCUAAAGGAAUGGUUGUUGGAGAAGUCUUUGCAAGUGACCGUGAUAUGGGAACUGAUGGAGAAGUGCAAUAUCUUAUCUAUGGCAGUAGCAGAAAGAAAGGUUUCCAGAUUAAUGAGAAGAGUGGACAGAUUUAUGUUUCAGGUCCUCUUGACAGAGAAAAGUAAGAGCGUAUCUCUUUGAAAGUUCUUGCAAAAAAUUCUGGGAGCAUUCGUGGUGCAGAUGUAGAUGAAGUAAUAGUAAAUAUAACUGUCUUAGAUGCUAAUGAUCCUCCUGUUUUUAGCCUCAAGGUUUACAAUGUACAGAUCAGUGAAGGUGUUCCUCCAGGGACUCAUGUCACAUUUGUAAGUGCCUUUGAUUCAGAUUCCGUCCCAAGCUGGAGCAGAUUCUCCUAUUUUAUUGGUUAUGGGAAUGACAAUGGUGCCUUUUCCAUCAAUCCACAAACAGGACAGGUGACUGUCACUGCAGACUUGGACAGAGAAACUUUACCUCUCUACAACCUGACUGUGUUAGCAAUUGAUUCAGGAACACCUUCAGCCACAGGAAGUACCUCUUUAUUCGUAACUUUGGAAGAUAUCAAUGAUAAUGGACCUACCCUGUCUACCAGUCAGGGAGAAGUAAUGGAAAAUACUCGUGCAGGAACUCAUGUGAUGACACUUCAGUCAUCAGAUCCUGAUCUCCCUCCAAAUCAAGGGCCCUUUACCUACUACUUGCUUAGCACUGGUCCUGCAACAAGUUAUUUUAGUCUUAGCACUGCAGGAAUUUUGACCACAACUAGGGAAAUAGACAGAGAGCAGAUAAGCGACUUCUACCUGUCAGUUAUUACCAGAGACUCUGGCAUCCCUCAGAUGUCUUCUACAGGAACUGUACAAAUCAAAGUAAUAGACCAAAAUGACAAUCCUUCACAACCUAGAACAGUAGAGAUCUUUGUUCAUUAUUAUGGCAACCUAUUCCCAGGUGGAAUUUUAGGUAGUGUGAAACCCCAGGAUCCAGAUGUUUUAGACAGCUUCCACUGUUCCCUCACUUCAGGAGUUACAAGCCUCUUUAAUAUUCCAGGGGGUUCCUGUGAUCUGAAUUCUCAGGCAAGGUCCACAGAUGGAACAUUUGAUCUGACAAUCCUGAGCAACGAUGGGUUACACAAUGCAGUUACUAGCAAUGUUCGGGUUUUCUUUUCAGGAUUCAGUAAUGCUACAAUUGACAACAGCAUCCUUCUUCGCCUUGGUGUGCAAACUGUGCGAGAUUUUUUGACCAACCACUACCUUCAUUUCCUGCGUAUUGCCAGUUCACAGUUGCCUGGAUUAGGGACAGCUGUGCAGCUCUAUGGGGUUUAUGAAGAGAGUAACAGAACCUACCUGAUGGCAGCUGUGAAACGGAACAACAAUCAGUAUGUGAAUCCCAGUGGUGUGGCUACCUUCUUUGAGAGCAUUAAAGAAAUCCUUUUCCGUCAGAGUGGAGUAAGGAUAGAGUCUGUAGAUCAUGAUUCAUGUGUACAAAGCCCAUGUCAAAAUGGAGGAAGCUGUCUGAGAAGGCUGGCUGUGAAACCUAUUUUAAAGAGCCAUGAGAGCAUCCCAGUCAUCAUCAUGGCAAAUGAACCUCUGCAGCCUUUUGUGUGUAGGUGCAUGCCAGGAUAUGAUGGUAAUUUGUGUGAAACUGACAUGGACGAAUGUCUCCCAUCCCCUUGCCACAAUGAUGGGACUUGCCACAACUUGGUGGGAGGCUUCUCAUGCAAUUGUCCAGAUGGUUUUACUGGAAUGGCCUGUGAGAGAGACAUCAAUGAGUGCCUGUCCAGCCCCUGUAAAAAUGCUGCCACCUGCCAGAACUUCCCCGGAAGCUUCAACUGUGUUUGUAAAACCGGAUAUACAGGGAAAACAUGUGACUCUGCUGUCAAUUACUGUGAAUGCAACCCCUGUUUCAAUGGAGGAUCAUGUCAAAGUGGAAUGGAAGGAUAUUACUGCCACUGUCCAUUUGGUGUCUUUGGAAAUCAUUGUGAAUUGAAUAGUUAUGGAUUUGAAGAGUUGUCCUAUAUGGAGUUUCCCAGUAUGGAUCCGAACAACAAUUAUAUUUAUAUAAAGUUUGCAACCAUCAAAAGUAAUGCUUUACUGCUGUAUAACUAUGACAACCAGACUGGAGAACGGGCAGAAUUCCUGGCUCUGGAAAUAACAGAAGAAAGACUGAGAUUCUCCUACAAUCUUGGCAGUGGCACAUAUAAACUUACCACAACGAAGGAAGUGUCUGAUGGCCAGUUUCACACUGUUAUUGCCCGGAGGGCUGGAAUGGCAGCAUCCUUGACAGUGGACUCCUGUUCCGAGGAUCAGGAACCAGGCUAUUGUACUGUUAGUAAUAUGGCUGUUUCCGCGGACUGGACUCUUGAUGUACAACCAAAUCGAGUAACUGUUGGUGGCAUCAGAUCUCUAGAGCCAAUACUUCAAAGGAGAGGACAAGUGGAAAGUCAUGAUUUUGUGGGUUGUAUAAUGGAGUUUGCAGUCAAUGGCCGUCCUCUGGAACCUAGCCAGGCUUUGGCGGCUCAAGGAAUCUUAGAUCGAUGCCCUAGAUUAGAAGGAGCUUGUGCCAUAAGCCCUUGCCAACACGGUGGCACCUGUGUUGAUUAUUGGUCAUGGCAACAAUGUCAUUGCAAAGAUGGAUUCACUGGGAAACACUGUGAAAAAUAUAUUACUGCCGAUACUGCCUUAUCAUUUGAAGGCAAAGGACGCCUUGACUACCACAUGAGCCGAAAUAAGAAACGAGAGUACAUGAUGAAAUAUGGCACUAGAGGUGCUAUUUGGGAGCCUCUGAACGUAAACCAUUUGGAAGUGAAAUUCAGGACAAGGAGUGAGAAUGGAAUUUUAAUUCAUAUCCAGGAAAACAGCAAUUACACUACUGUGAAGAUAAAAAAUGGCAAAAUGCAUUACACGUCUGAUGCUGGAGUUGGUGGGAAAGUGGAGAGGAAUAUUCCUGAAGUUUACACUGCAGAUGGUCAAUGGCAUUCCUUCCUUAUUGAAAAGAAUGGAUCCACCACUGCUCUGUCCAUUGACAAAAUCUACAGAAGAGAGAUUCUUCAUAUCACCCAAGACUUUGGAGGGCUUAAUGUUCUUACAGUUUCUCUGGGAGGAAUCCCGCCAAGCCACACUCCCAGAAGUACAGAGACAGGUUUUGAUGGCUGUAUUGCCUAUGUGAAGUACUGUGGAGAAAGUCUUCCUUUCAGUGGAAAGCACAGCACUGCUACCAUAUCCAAAACGGACUCCUCCGUGAAGAUUGGCUGCCGAGGUCCCAACAUUUGUGCCAGUAAUCCAUGCUGGGGUGAAUUAAUGUGCAUCAACCAGUGGUAUGCAUAUAAAUGUGUCCCUCCAGGAGCCUGUGUUUCCAACCCUUGCCAGAAUGGUGGCAGCUGUGAACCAGGUGCGCAUUCUGGAUUUACCUGCAGCUGUCCUGAAUUAUACACAGGAAGAACAUGUGAGAUGGUGGUGGCUUGUCUGGGUAUCCUGUGUCCCCAAGGACAUGUGUGCAAGGGUGGACUCAAUGGAGGACAUGUCUGUGUCCCUCACCCGCACCCAGCGGAGCUGUCUCUCCCACUAUGGGCUGUUCCUGCCAUUGUUGGCAGUUGUGCGACAGUUCUUGCCCUGCUUGUCCUUAGCCUGAUCCUCUGUAAUCAGUGCAGGGGAAAGAAGACAAAAGUGCCAAAGGAGGAGAAGAAAACAAAGGAAAAGAAGAAAAAAGGGAGUGAGAACGUUGCAUUUGAUGACCCUGACAACAUUCCGCCCUAUGGCGAUGACAUGACGGUCAGGAAGCAGCCUGAAGGGAACCCUAAGCCUGAUAUAAUUGAAAGAGAAAACCCUUACCUUAUCUAUGACGAGACCGACAUCCCCCAUAAUACAGAGACUAUACCUAGUGCCCCUCUGGCUUCCCCUGAACCUGAAAUAGAGCACUAUGACAUUGAAAAUGCAAGCAGCAUUGCUCCUUCAGACGCAGACAUCAUUCAACACUACAAGCAGUUCCGGAGUCACACGCCCAAAUUCUCUAUCCAGCGGCAUAGCCCACUUGGCUUUGCAAGGCAAUCCCCAAUGCCACUGGGAGCAAGCAGCUUGACUUAUCAGCCGUCAUAUGGUCAGGGACUCAGGACAACUUCCUUAAGCCACUCUGCAUGCCCUACUCCCAACCCUUUAUCUCGUCAUAGUCCCGCUCCGUUUUCCAAGUCGUCAGCUUUCUACAGAAACAGUCCUGCAAGGGAACUUCAUCUGUCCAUAAGAGAAGGGAGUCCUUUGGAGAUGCACAAUGACGUCUGCCAGCCUGGCAUUUUUAACUAUGCCACUAGAUUAGGGAGAAGAAGUAAGAGUCCCCAGACCAUAGCAACUCAUGGUUCCAGACCGGGAAGUCGCCUAAAGCAACCAAUAGGGCAGAUUCCUUUGGAGACUGCUCCUCCUGUAGGACUCUCUAUUGAAGAAGUGGAGAGACUUAACACUCCUCGCCCUAGAAAUCCAAGCAUCUGUAGUGCUGAUCACGGAAGGUCUUCUUCAGAGGAGGACUGCAGAAGGCCACUGUCAAGAACACGGAAUCCAGCUGAUGGUAUUCCAGCUCCAGAAUCAUCAUCUGAUAGUGACUCCCAUGAGUCGUUUACUUGCUCAGAAAUGGAGUAUGAUAGAGACAAACCUAUGGUGUACACAUCCAGAAUGCCCAAAUUAUCUCAAGUUAAUGAGUCAGAUGCAGAUGACGAAGACAAUUAUGGUGCUAGGCUGAAGCCUAGGAGGUACCCUGGCAGGAGAGCUGAGGGUGGGCCUGUGGGUGCACAGGCAACAGCAUCUAAUAUUGCUGAGAACACAUUGCCCAUAAAGCUUGGCCAGCAAACUGGAAAUUUCAACUGGGACAACCUUUUGAACUGGGGUCCAGGCUUUGGACAUUAUGUGGAUGUUUUUAAAGAUUUGGCAUCACUCCCAGAAAAAGCAGCAGCAGCAGCAGCAGCGAACACAAAUGAAGAAAGCAAAGGUGGCACAACAAAGCCCAUUUCCAAAGAUGGGGAAGCAGAACAAUAUGUAUAGACCUCAUGUACUGGCAUUGUCAAAAUGCAAAAUCGUGGAACAGUGAAACCAUUGUAUGGUUGUAGAUAAGUGAAAGUCAGCAUGUUAAGCCCAGGCCAGUGUGGUUGGAGGAGACUUUAAAAAUAAUAACCAUUAUGCUGCUGAAACAGACUUAAAACAUAUUUUAAUUUAAUUGUGUUUGGGUGAACUUAUUUCUCCUGCAUGCAUUGUAUUUUAAAAACAAGACAUUCCGCAUACAGCAUUUGAAAAGGGUUUUCUAUUUACCAUUGGUUGGUUUGUGAUUUUUAAGUUAAUGCUUUGAACUGAAAAUGAGCUCAGAUGUUUUCAUUGUGGGCAGUGCGUGUGUUGUCUCCAACUUAAUAACGUGUUUUGCAGUGCAAGAGUAUUGAGGGUUUCAUUUCCCUUGAGACCCAUGGAAGAAGGAAGGUGAAUGAAGGAAUUUCAGUAUUAGAGUCUCUCCAAAAAUGUAUUUACCAUAUCCUGCAAUUCCUCUAUCUGUAAACUUUAAGGAAGAAAUAAGCUUGAGCAAUUGCUGGCAACAGUGCUGUAACUUUUACCCAUACAAGAGGUGCUAGAAGCAGGUCAAGCUGUCCAGCACUUUAGGAAUUUAUUUUUUGUUGACAAAGUUGUGUGAGAGCUUCUGAAUCAGUAUGAAAUAUUUUGGAUGUUUCUCCCCUACUCCUGCACUCCUCCCAGUACUUCCUCCCAGCAUGACAUGAUUGGAAGUUGUCAGAUCAAAUAGGUAGUAUAGUCUACAGAGACAGUCUAGUGGUCUAGUGGCUUGGAACCACAA